AUGGCGGCUAGUGAAAGUUAUCGUGCUCAACUAGCAACUCAACAACGAGUUCCUCUUCUUUCGGGGAUCUACAGUCCUCCUCCGACACAUGAACACGGGCCUGACACUGCAAAACGCUACAGAGCUUUAGAAAUUGAGACAGAAUUUAUCAUAAGCCAAGCCAAGACACCUCAUAUUCCUUCAGACUCAGAUACUCCACCCCAGCCUCCACCUCAGCCGCCACUGCAUCAUCGAGGAAACAGUACAAAUCGCCUUGGCAUCUUCAAUAAAGUUUUCUCUACAAGUCCUCCUGCAUCUCCAAGAUUUGAAACUACUUCUAUCACUAUCCUCUUAUUACCUCAAGCAGGCACACGACCCAUCCUUCUCAAACUUCGUACAAUAGAUAUUCGUGGUGAAGGACACAAAGAUAACCAUCUCUCGCAUAUCCCUGAUAUGCGUUCAUUUUGGGGCGAUGGAGAUGCCUGGCACGCUCGUAUACAGAAAUAUUCUUCCCUAGGUAGGAUCAAAGAUUCAACAGAACAUGCUUUGAUUGGCACAUACAUGUUACUAUAUACGCCUGAAGGAAACGGAUUACCUUUAAACCAAAGAUGGAGCGCAGGCGUUAGUGGAGAUGCGUGUAUUGCGAAGAUGUGUAGGAAUAUAUGGGGGAAAGGAGGGGUGGCUGCGUAUGAGGAUGUUGAUAGGGAGUUCCUAGACAGUAGACUAUACAGGAAGAUGCUGAUGGGAUUGUUUGAUAGUCCUUUAAAGGGCUCGAAGGAGGAUGCUACGGGAGAGACUGAGGGUACUAUUGAUAAGGAUACUCUGUGA